UUUUUUUUUUUUUUUUUUAUAUCUCCCUUUGGCACGCGUACCCCUUUUUCGUACAUACACACACACCUUUUUUUUCUCUCUCUCUUUUCUCUGUCUCUCUCUCUCUUUUCUUUUUCUUUUUGCAGGGAAAAAAAAAAAUGGACACCUCACGAAAUACCCACUACUCUUCUUACCCAUACCAACAACAACGUGCAGCACAGGACACAGUGCAACCACCAUCUAAAGAAAUAUACCAAUAUGAUGCUCCUUGGUUGACUUAUGCUUUAGAUUGGUGUAAAACACCCAUUGAACAAAAGAGUUUCCGAUUAGCUGUCGGUAGUUUCAUUGAAGACAGUAACAAUAAGCUACAAAUUAUCUCUCGUACAGACUUGCUGGAAAACAAUGGUUCUAUCGACCAAAGAAACGAUUUUACACCAGUGGCCGAAGCAGACUCGUAUUAUCCCAUCACAAAAGUCUUGUGGGAACCACGAAAGAGUGAUGCAAGAAGUAGCGAUCUUUUAGCUACCACAGGUGAUAUCCUGCGAAUCUGGGAAUUAGUAGAUGAUCCAGGUUACGGACAAACUAAUUCUAUCAACAGUUCUAGUCGAGCUAAUAAUCUUCCCGGUCAUCAACAACGACUUGUGAAGAAGGCAGAACUUGUCAAUAUGAAGCAAUCCGACUUUUGCGCCCCAUUGACAUCAUUUGAUUGGAACGAAACAGAUCCAUCACUGGUAGUGACAUCGAGUAUUGAUACAACAUGUACAGUUUGGAAUGUUGAAACAAAUCAAGCCAAGACACAAUUAAUUGCUCAUGACAGUGACGUGUAUGAUGUAGCCUUCAUGCAUGGUUCUGCUGAUACAUUUGCUAGUGUAGGUGCAGAUGGUUCGGUUCGAUUGUUUGACCUGAGAUCAUUAGAACAUUCUACUAUCCUCUAUGAAGCACAACAACCUCCACCCACAGCUAAUUCAAGCACACGAGAUCGCAUGACUUCGAAUUCAACGGUGCCAUUAUUACGUCUUCAAUUCAGUCGCAUGAACUCUAAUCUAUUAGCCACAUUUCAUAUGGAUUCAGCCAUUGUUCAAAUCCUCGAUAUUCGUUACCCUAGUGCUCCUGUAGCUGAACUUUCAAAGAGUCAUAGUGGUAGUAUCAAUUGUCUCUCUUGGUCUCCUACUGAAUCAGGUCAGAUUGCCACAGGUGGUGAUGACUCUCAGGUACUCGUCUGGAAUAUCAAUCAACAAUCUUCUACCAAUGACAGUCGUUCUUAUUACCAUCAUCAACAACAAAACUCACAACAACAACGCUAUACGCAUCAACCACCACGUUCUGUACAGGAUCCAUUAUUGGCUUAUGUUGCGGAUGCAGAAGUCAAUUCCCUUACCUGGAGUAAAUCUGCUCCUGAAUGGAUCGGUGUGGGCUUUGGAAAGACCAUCCAAGCACUUCGCGUGUAAAAAAAAAAAAAAAAAAAAGUCAUUCUACAAUAAACAUCAUUUUUUUUUUAUUAUUAAA